AUGCUCACAACGCUGAGCAUGGUGGCUGGUGUAGCGGUAUACCCGGCAGGAUGGGGCGAGACAGCCGUGCAGGAGACCUGCGGGCCCACCGCCGACCAGUAUAAUAUAGGUCGAUGUCACAUUCGCUGGGCGUACCUGCUAGCAGUGAUAGGGUGUCUGGACGGCAUCGUGUUGUCUGCCCUGGCCUUUAUCCUAGCGACCAGACACGUGCGUCUACAGCCAGACAGCGGGUACCCGCCACCUUCGUUGUACAAAGGUGAGGUGAACAACGGCUACGUGACCGACGCGACAUCUGUCUCCGGCUCGCGGAAAUCGUUGGCGCUCCAACCAGUUCUAAUAAUGCAUCCCCACGCUACCAUGGACAUGGAUACUUACUCACACUACUCCGGAAGGACUGCAAGAUCAAAACACGGCAUCUACGCCAACACUAUGCAUAAUUAUCAACUUUAAAUUCUGUUACAAAGCAUACCUAGUAUCUCACUUCAAUCUGUGGUGUAGAUACUCACUAAGAAGUACCACUACUCGCCGCAAGAUGGCGUUAUUUUUAAAUUAUUUCUAAAAUACAAAUUUAGAUUUAAGGAUUUUGUAAUGUAAGAUAAUUGUGUAGAAGUGUAAAUAUCUCUAAUGAUUUUGUACUUAAAUAUAUUUUUGUAUGAUCUGUACAAUACCUACGUGUUCCCGUCCGGAAGUAGUUAAUGUAACUGCCUUAGUUAUCGACUAAACAAAUGUUUAUCUUAAUUAGAUUGUUAUAGGUAAACUGUUGUACCUCGAGACAUCAACGAAUUUACAACGACUUAUGAUUAUGUGCCUUGUAGAAAGCUGAAAGUACUUAAUGUUGUUAUUAUUUUGGUAAUUAAAUAAUUUCUUAGAUA